ACAAUUUUGACAGUUGUAUCACGUAGAAUAUAAACAAAACCAAAACUCAAUUGAAAUGGAUUCGAAUAAGCUAGUAGUAAAUUUUUUAGAUCCAAGUUUUGGUAUUACGAAAAUAAAUUGUUCUUGUGCCGUGGACGAUUUUUAUUCGGUCGAAAAUCUUGUAUCAAGUGAUGCUCAAAAAUUAAGUCGAGGAUUUAUGGCAUAUAGUGUGGUAAAACCACCAGUCGAAUUAGAAAUCCAUCUGAGCCAUACCAUUCAACUGUACUCGAUUAAAAUCUGGCCACAAAUCAAUUCACUUAAAAGUAUUGGUUUUGAAAUAUAUGUAGGUGGUGAUGUGAAUGAUAAAUAUAACAAAAUUGCCAGCCACUUUAAUUUAGAAGAAAAUGGUAUACAAUUCGUCAAUUCGAUGGACAAUAUUGAUCACACUGAUGCAAAUUUUAUUAUGGUACCAUUUUAUUCUUCUGCAAGAUAUAAACUGAGAAAAGUACAAAAUAUUAAAUUAGUAAUUAAACAAACUGCCAAAUGUGUUCCAGUGAUAAAGCGAAUGGAAGUUUGGGGAACAAUUUCACAAUUUGCAUCAAAAGAACAAAGAGUAAACUUUCACCAAAUGAUGGAACGAAAAAACCAGCAAAAUGAAAACGCCAAAUCAGUUGAAACACCUUCAAAUAUUGCAAGCAAUUCAGUACCAUGUCUAAAUCCAACCAUCGAUGUUCCAGAGGAAUUUCUGGACACUCUCACAUAUGAAAUAAUGGCACUUCCAAUGGUUCUUCCUUCUGGAAAAGUGAUUGACUAUUCAACGCUUCAAAAACAUACGCAACAAGAAGAAAAAUGGGGUCGAGUUGCAUCGGAUCCUUUCACAUUUCAGCCAUUCACCGAAACUCGAAAGCCAGUAUUAAACACUCACCUUAAGUCACAAAUUGAUUCAUUUUUAUUAAAAAACAAUACUGCACCACGAACUGUUGGAAACUGUACGAAACGAAAACUACAAGACAACGGAGAAUGUAGCAACUGGGCUAAGAAAACUUUUGGAUUACCUGCUCCGUCGACAGCAACACAGACAAACAGCCAGACCUUAGAUGAAGCCAUUCGGAACACAUUAAAUGUAGGAAAAUAUACAACGUACAAAGACAACGAAUCGAAUGAUAAUAAAUGUUUUCAAUGCCUUAAAGUGGCCAACAAUACAAUUUUGUAUGAAAUUCGUAUUUGUUCACACUUCAUAUGUAGAAAUUGUUUAGUUAAUAAUUUAUGUUCCAUUUGCUCUUGUGGAAAAGAAUUUAGCAAUCUUGAUGUUACAAGACAUCAUCAAAAAAUGACUUUGUAAUUAAUUAAAAAUGUUUCGAAUUCAAA